CAUACCUUUUUGCUUCCGCCAAGAUCGACGCAGGUCGGAAACUGCGCUUGAUUUACCUCUCGAUACCGAACGAUCGAAUCAUUCAGGGUGUGACCUCAGUUCGAGAAGGAGAGCCUCAUCAAUGAACGGUGAAGAACUGGCGGCAAUUAGGGCUGCCAGCUCGAACCAAGGACCCGACACUUCCAAAAGUGAAGCCGCUGCUAACGAAGAGGAAACUCGUCGCGAUAUCUUGGCCACAAUCCUGGACUCUGAUGCUCGGGAACGUUUGUCUCGAAUUGCUUUGGUUAACCCUGAUCUCUCAAGUAAAGUUCAAACGAUCUUAUUUCGAAUGGCUCAAACUGGACAAAUACGAGGCCGAGUGACCGAGCAACAACUCAUUGGUUUAUUGGAUCAGGCUGAAGGCAUUGCAAGCAGUUCGAGUGGGAAGAAAGGGACAGUAAUUUUCCAAAGAAGAAAGGGUGUUUAUGAUGACGAUGACGAUGAUUUUUAGUAGUCUUUCCUGCUGAUCGCCCUCGCUUGGAGCUGCGUCUGGCUGGAUUGUGAAAUAUAGGAAUUGCCCGUCGUAUGAUCAAUU